GUUCUCUCCGCUUUCCACGACAUGCAAACAUGCAUCCGUCCCUCCGUUCGCCGAAUACUCACACAUAGCCGCUUAUGCGCAAGCAGGAUCUCCGGAGGACUUAGAACUCUGCACACGUCAAUACGACGGCCAGAAGAGAAACCCACUUCACCGCGGCCCGAUCCCUUCACGUUCCUCACUCCCCAUGUCUCCGAAUUCCGAGAAGGACUCCUCGAGCUCCUGGGGUCGGGGAACCCAGGCCUGACGGAAAUCUCAAGAUACUACUUCCUCCGCCCCUCCAAGUAUCUCCGACCAUUGCUCGUGUUCUUGUUCUCGCAAGCGACGAACGGGCUCGGCAGCCAGUGGAGUCUGAAGGAAUGGGAGGCGCGGAGCGGCGGCGAGGGCAGCAUGGAGAACCUGAACAGAGCACUAUCCCCCGGCGACGUCAUCAACGACUGGAACCCCAUCAUCCCCCAGCACUCCGCCGCGUUCGAUCCCGUCUUCCACCCGAGCCCCGCACGAGCGCACCAUGUCCCGCUAGAACCACCACAUAACCUCCCCUCCGCCCCUCCCUUGCUCACCGCGGCGCCGACCAUACUACCCACUCAAAUGCGGCUCGCGCACGUCUUGGAGAUGAUCCACGCCGCGUCGCUCCUGCACGACGACGUGAUCGACGCUUCCCCCCUCCGCCGUGGCGUCGCAUCCGCGCCCGAGGCUUUCGGUAACAACCUGGCCGUCCUCGGCGGCAACUUUGUGCUGGGUCGCGCGAGUGCUGCGCUCGCGCGCCUGGGGGACCUGGAGGUCGUCGGCCUCAUUGCGAGCAUCAUUUCGAACCUCGUAGAGGGCGAGAUCCUGCAGCUCAAGAGCCAGAAUCCCAGCGACGCGUGGAACCUCUACCUGCAGAAGACGUACAUGAAGACGGCGAGCUUGAUGGCAAAGGGCGCGCGCGCGGCCGUUGCGCUCGGCGGGUGCAAGGAGGGCGAGGUCUGGCGGGAGGUCGCAUACGCGUACGGCAGGAAUCUGGGUAUAGCCUUCCAGCUGCAAGAUGACAUCCUCGACUACGAGGUCUCGGACGCAACGCUUGGCAAGCCGGGCGGCGCGGAUCUCCAGCUCGGGCUGGCCACCGGGCCUGCAUUGUACGCGAUGGAGGAGUACCCGGAGAUGGGCCCCCUGAUCGCGCGCAAAUUUGAGAACGAGGGCGACGUGGAGCUGGCGCGCGACCUCGUCAAGCGGUCAUCCGGUGUCGAGCGCACGCGGGAGCUCGCGCUGGCGUAUGCGCGCGCGGCACGGGACGCGCUGCAGCCUCUGCCCGAGAGCGAGGCGAAGCAGGCGCUGGAGGCGCUCACGGAGCGGGUGGUCAAGCGGACUCAUUGAUAGACUAUAGCUCGCGAAAUGACGACUCCGUGAACCUGCCUUGCUCUAUCUUGGAUGACUGGUCCUC